GUCGUUUGCACCGAUGGCGAGCAAGACGACGAUUUCGCAAGCCUCAAUGCUCGGGAACUCGUAGUCUCAAUGUCAAAAUGGUCCAGAGAUAAUCUGCAAGGACUUACAUUCGAAUAUUCGGAUUUGAGUUAUACAAUCCCUCGAGGCAACGUAGAGGUUUUACAUUCAAUGUCAGGCAUCAUCCAACAAGAAACACUGCAUGCCAUAAUGGGCGCCUCUGGCGCAGGAAAAUGCAAGUUCUCACCAGUCUUUGGGGGCAUUACGGCUAAUCUGAGUAGCUACAUGAAAUCUUCUGACAUACUCAAAACUACUAGUCGCAAGAAUUAUAUUGGAUACGUCGCUCAAAACGAUGCACUGCUACCGGAACUGACAGUGCGCGAAACCAUGAUGCACUCUGCGUGCGUACGUCUUCCCAGGUUGUUGUCUGAUGCACAACGCUCACGGCAUGUUGAUCGAAUCAUCCGGUGUCUGGGAUGGGAACAUGUUCAACAUAAUAUUAUCGGAGAUUUCGAAAGCCAUGGUCUUUCAGGAGGCGAGUACAAGCGCGCAAGUAUAGGCGUUGAGCUCGCAGCCGCGCCACUAGCGUUGUUCUUAGAUGAGCCUACCUCAGGUUUAGAUUCUACAUCGGCUCUUACAUUGAUCAGAUUACUUAGGAAACUUACGCGUGCUGGUAUGACAAUCGUGGUAAUCUUACACCAACCGAGGAAGGAAAUUUUCAAUUGCUUGGAUAGCUUGACACUACUACACCAAGGCAGGCAGAUGUACCAAGGUUCGCGGGAUAAUGUACGAAGUCACUUUGAGAGACUAGGACAUGACUUUGCGGGUGCUUCGAAUACGGCGGACCUAAUCCUGGACAUCAUUUCCAGUGAGCAGAAGACAUUGACCUCCACUAAUGAAGAAGCAAAGGGAGAGGAAUCGACGAACGACGAGUUCCGAGCUACCUCUCGAUGGACAAGAUGCAACAAUGAUGUCAGCAAUAGUGGGACCAAAUUUCUUCCUCUCUGUCGAGCGAGCUGGAUAACACAGUUCUGGCUUUGUCUCGUUCGUUCCUUGAAACAACAACAACGCCGGGCCUCUAGCUUCUACCUAGAGAUCGGUGUUGGUGGCAUUGCUGGACUCAUCAUUGGCCUGUCACUGUAUUCAUACAAGGGCCAGCACAUGCAAGGAAUUUAUCUGUCUCCUUUCGAGCGACUUUCAAGUUCAGCAAACCCGAAUACCCCCGCCAUGAUUGGCCUGAUGGUGUGCAUGGCUAUUGGGCUUGCGGCUUCGCCAUCAGGCGUGAAGACUUUUGGAGAGGAGAACAUUCUUCAAUGCAAAGAAGCGAGUUCCGGGCAUAGCCAAUCAGCAUAUUACUUAGGUAAAGUGGUAUCGACAUUUCCAAGGCUAGCCAUAUCUGCGCUACAUUUUACUUCAUUCUACACUAUUCUGGCCACGCCUAGAAUGACUUACUGGGAAAACUUCAGUAUUAUCGUUCUUUACUUCUACACAAUCUACGGUCUGGCGUCUUGCUGUUCGUUCAUAGUCAGCAGACAAGAUGGGCCUCUUAUGGCUGUAAUUUUGUGCCUUAUAGUGAGCGUACUAGGUGGCUACGGACCUUCAUUGUAUGUGGUGAAACAGUGGCAUUUGGAAUGGUUGUGGAGGAUGUUUCCUGGAACAUGGGCAAGCGAGGCGUACGUCGAUCGCACGUUUCGCCGAUCAGCUUAUCUCUACAACAUCAACGGUGCCGCCCAGGCAACGGGUUUUAGCCUCGGCAGAUACCACCUAGACAUUAGCAUGAUUUUGUUUUGGGGUCGGUCUAUCGAGUCGUAGCCUUCGGUAGCAUGCUUGUGAGGAAGCCUUGAGGCAGAAUGGUGCACAUGUCCCGGUUUAGGAGUAAUCGUGUAAUGUAGAUACAUACUGUCGGAAUUGCCUUUUUUUCAUGUUCGUCAAAUCCCAUGCUUCACUAAAUGCA